UUUCAGCAGCUGCCGGGCAGAAGCCGCCAGGAAGCGAAGCAUCACCCCUCCUCCCUCCCGAGCAAGGAGGGGUAGCUAAACUAUCCUCUCCCCACUCACUCCUCCUCUCACCCUCUAUCCCGGGACAGGUGGCGGGUCCUCCCCUUCCCCACCUGGGCGGGGAAGGCGCCGCCGGUUUCUCCUCCUCUCUUCUCCUUGCUUCCCGCCCCAUCCUCCUCCUCGGCGUCCCCAGAGGGAGCCCCUGCGCUCCGCGGCCGGGCCGAGAGCGCAGCCGGGCGCGCCCCGUCCCGCAGCCGGCUCCAGCAGCUCCGCAAGCCCCUGCGCACCCGCCGCCGCCUGUAGCAGGAGGAGCAGAGGGAGGAGGAGGAGGAGGAGGAAGGCAGCCCGCCCGCAGCGGGGCACGCACGUGUGCGCGCAGCUCUCGACGGCCGCCCUCCAGCAUGCUGCGCGGAGCCGCGCAGGGCAGAGCGGCGGAGAGGAGCUGAUCGCGGCCGCGGGAGAAGAGCAGAGCACAGCAGAGGAGAGGAGAGGAGAGGCUCAGUGGAAACCUGUGCGUCUGCCCCGUCCGACCCCGUCACCCCUCUGAGGGAGCGGUGGUCCCGCAGCAUGGGCAGCCGCAGCCCCCUCGCCGCCGGGCCCCGCGGGGUCGCUGUCCUGGUGCUGCUUCUGGGGCGCGUCGCCUUCUGCUCCGUCGUGGAGGAAAAGAAAGUUUGUCAAGGGACAAAUAACAAGCUGACCCAGUUGGGACAUGUGGAAGACCAUUUCACCAGUCUGCAGAGGAUGUACAACAACUGUGAGGUGGUACUCAGCAACCUGGAGAUUACAUACGUGGAGCAUAAUCGUGACCUCUCUUUCCUGAAGACUAUACAGGAGGUUGCCGGCUAUGUGCUCAUUGCACUCAACAUGGUGGAUGUCAUUCCUCUAGAAAACCUCCAGAUCAUCCGAGGCAAUGUGCUCUAUGACAACUCUUACGCCCUGGCAGUUUUAUCCAAUUACCACAUGAAUAAAACCCAGGGACUCCGAGAGCUGCCAAUGAAACGGCUGUCAGAAAUUCUCAACGGAGGUGUUAAAAUCAGCAACAACCCCAAGCUGUGCAACAUGGACACUGUUCUCUGGAACGACAUCAUUGACACAAGCAAGAAGCCUCCCACAGUGCUUGAAUUUGCAAGCAACCUGUCUUCUUGUCCCAAAUGCCAUCCAAACUGCACAGAAGACCACUGCUGGGGCCCUGGUGAACAGAACUGCCAGACAUUAACAAAAGUCAUCUGUGCCCAGCAGUGCUCUGGCCGGUGCAGGGGAAAGGUGCCCAGCGACUGCUGCCACAACCAGUGUGCUGCGGGGUGCACGGGGCCUCGGGAGAGCGACUGCCUGGCAUGCCGCAAGUUUCGGGAUGAAGCUACGUGCAAGGAUACGUGUCCCCCAUUGGUCUUGUAUAACCCCACCACCUAUCAGAUGGAUGUCAACCCUGAUGGAAAAUACAGCUUUGGAGCCACUUGUGUGAGGGAAUGUCCACACAACUAUGUGGUGACAGACCAUGGCUCUUGCGUUCGCUCUUGCAAUACCGAUACUUAUGAAGUGGAAGAAAAUGGUGUUCGGAAGUGUAAAAAGUGUGAUGGGCUAUGCAGCAAAGUGUGCAAUGGCAUCGGAAUAGGUGAACUUAAAGGGAUCCUCUCCAUAAAUGCCACAAACAUUGACUCCUUCAAAAACUGUACCAAGAUCAACGGGGAUGUUAGCAUUCUCCCAGUUGCAUUUCUAGGUGAUGCCUUCACGAAGACCCUACCCUUGGACCCCAAGAAGCUGGAUGUCUUCAAAACAGUCAAAGAAAUAUCAGGGUUUUUGUUAAUUCAGGCCUGGCCCGAUAAUGCUACUGAUCUCUAUGCUUUUGAAAAUCUGGAGAUUAUACGAGGCAGAACCAAACAACAUGGCCAGUAUUCCCUUGCUGUUGUUAACUUGAAAAUACAGUCACUGGGGCUGCAUUCCCUCAAGGAAAUAAGUGAUGGAGAUGUUGCCAUUAUGAAGAACAAGAACCUGUGUUAUGCUGACACCAUGGACUGGCGCAGCCUGUUUGCUACUCAGAGCCAGAAAACAAAGAUUAUACAGAACAGAAAUAAAAAUGAGUGUGCUGCUGCCGGUCAUGUUUGUGACCCCCUGUGCUCAGAUGUGGGCUGCUGGGGCCCUGGACCCUUCCACUGCUUCUCCUGCAGGUUUUUUGAUCGUCAGAAGGAGUGUGUGAAACAGUGCAAUAUCCUGCAAGGUGAGCCGAGAGAGUUUGAAAAGGACUCCAAGUGCCUCCCCUGCCACCCUGAGUGCCUGGUGCAAAACUCCACGGCGUACAACGCAACCUGCACUGGACCUGGCCCGGACAAUUGCAUAAAGUGUGCCCAUUUUAUAGAUGGCCCCCACUGCGUGAAAUCCUGCCCAGCCGGGGUUCUGGGUGAGAAUGACACACUCGUCUGGAAAUACGCUGACAGGAAUGGUGUUUGCCAGCUCUGCCAUCCAAACUGUACCCGGGGGUGCAAAGGACCAGGUCUUGAAGGCUGUCCAAAUGGCUCCAAAAUCCCAUCUAUUGCCGCUGGCGUCAUCGGGGGUCUCCUGUGCCUGGUGGUGGUGGGCUUGAGCAUUGGUCUGUACUUGCGGAGGCGUCACAUCGUCAGAAAGCGAACCUUGCGUCGUUUGUUGCAGGAGAGGGAGCUUGUCGAACCACUGACACCCAGCGGGGAGGCACCGAACCAGGCUCAUCUGAGAAUUUUAAAGGAAACAGAAUUUAAAAAGGUCAAAGUUUUAGGGUCUGGUGCUUUUGGCACUGUUUAUAAGGGACUUUGGAUCCCAGAAGGGGAGAAGGUUAAAAUUCCUGUUGCUAUUAAAGAGUUGAGAGAGGCCACAUCACCAAAAGCCAACAAAGAAAUACUUGAUGAAGCUUACGUGAUGGCUAGUGUUGACAAUCCUCAUGUGUGCCGCUUGUUGGGAAUCUGUCUCACUUCUACAGUUCAGCUCAUCACACAGCUGAUGCCAUACGGCUGCCUCCUUGAUUACAUCCGAGAGCACAAGGACAACAUUGGGUCCCAGUAUCUUCUCAACUGGUGUGUGCAGAUUGCAAAGGGAAUGAACUAUUUGGAGGAACGUCGCCUGGUGCACCGUGACCUUGCUGCCAGAAACGUCCUCGUUAAGACUCCUCAACACGUAAAAAUCACGGACUUUGGGCUGGCAAAGCUGCUGGGCGCCGAUGAGAAGGAGUAUCACGCCGAGGGAGGCAAGGUUCCUAUUAAAUGGAUGGCUUUGGAGUCCAUUUUACAUCGGAUUUACACUCAUCAAAGUGAUGUCUGGAGUUAUGGUGUGACAGUUUGGGAGCUGAUGACAUUUGGGUCCAAGCCAUAUGAUGGGAUCCCCGCCAGUGAGAUCUCCUCUGUCUUGGAGAAGGGCGAGCGUUUGCCCCAACCCCCUAUCUGUACCAUUGAUGUGUACAUGAUCAUGGUCAAAUGCUGGAUGAUUGAUGCAGACAGCCGUCCCAAGUUUCGUGAACUGAUAGCAGAGUUCUCAAAAAUGGCCCGUGACCCUCCACGCUAUCUCGUUAUACAGGGAGAUGAUAGGAUGCACCUGCCCAGCCCUACAGACUCCAAGUUUUAUCGCACCCUGAUGGAGGAGGAGGACAUGGAAGAUAUAGUGGACGCGGAUGAGUAUCUCGUGCCCCACCAGGGCUUUUUCAACAGCCCUUCAACAUCCCGCACUCCUCUCUUGAGUUCAUUGAGUGCUACUAGCAACAACUCUGCUACAACCUGCAUUGACAGGAAUGGGCAGGGGCACCCUGUGAGGGAAGACAGCUUUGUCCAGAGGUAUAGCUCAGACCCAACAGGCGCUUUCCUGGAGGACAGUAUAGACGACAGUUUCCUGCCAGCCCCAGAGUACGUAAACCAGUUGGUACCCAAGAAAGCAUCUGCCUCAGCGGUCCAGAAUCCAAUCUACAACAACUUCUCUCUCACAGCAAACUCAAAGGUCCCCACAGACUCCAGCUACCAGAAUUCACACAGCACAGCUGUGGACAACCCUGAGUAUCUCAACACCAACCAGUCUCCACUGGCCAAGACUGUCUUUGAGAGCUCUCCUUACUGGAUCCAGGCGGGCAACCACCAAAUAAAUCUGGACAAUCCUGACUACCAGCAGGACUUCUUACCGAAGGAAACCAAACCUAAUGGUCUUUUGAAAGUUCCUGCAGCAGAGAACCCAGAGUACUUGAGGGUAGCAGCACCAAAAAGUGAAUACAUUGAAGCCUCGGCAUGACCAUAGAGAAUUUCUUCUUGCAGCAAGGAAAGCCACCUGGCUGCUGCAAGAACAGACUCUUGCUUAGAGCGAACAGCAACCAUAAUGCAUCAAUAAGCACAUCUUUCCUUUUCAGCAUGGGGGCUGAAACUGCAAAGCCUAUCUGAUGGUAGUUUGGGUCUUUUCGUGCCCAUUUCCAUGUAAUUACUGAGGCACAUAGCCUGCACUCAGAUGCAUGUUGGGAUGGAACGGGAUAUUGCUGGACAGAAGAAAUAUGGAUGCAUUCCUUUAAUUUUCAAAUGGUAGCAUGGUAAGAAGCCACUCUGGGAUAAACUUGAGAGCUGUACACAUUGUACAGUCAAAGUCCUUUCUACAGUCUGUAUUUUUAUAAAUGUUUCUAACAGAAUUUUUGGAUCUUCUACAAGACCAUAUUCCUGUACUGCUGGUCUGUCAUGUGGUGCUCAGAUCACCAGUGGGAAAAAAAAAAAUGUUACUAAAUAGUUUUCAAAAACUCCUGGAAAAGAAAGAGUUAUUUCAAACCGUCGGAUUUUUACAAUUUGUCUCCAUUUACUGCUUCUUGGCGCAAACAGGAGAAGUGCAUCUGGGGGACUUAGGGGAGAUUCUGCCUGGAGCAGUGUGGAGUGGAUCAGCCUGUGGAAAACUACCACAAGGAGCAAAAUGGCAUCACCUACUGAUGACUACUGCUAAAAACUGACAGGAGGAACUCACUUCAAAAUGAUGGUUAUAAAGUGCUUGCUAGUCUGUUUUCUGAUGGUCAAACACAAGACUUUGUUUUUUCUGAUCUCUUAUGCAGCUGUCGAGUUGUCAAAAUGCCUUUCUUCUUCAACAAAACUGUUAAAGAUGUUGCCGUAACUGAAAAAUGAAGUGUCAAAUAAUGUUUAACAGAUUUAAUUAAAUGUCAAGGAAAUGCAAAUGGUGGCAAAUUGGAGCAUUCAUGAGACAGACUGGGAGAACUAUACUAAAUUAAACUUGACUAGGGCAAGAAACACAGGUGGCUCUAGCCAGGCAGUUUUAUUUCCCUUCUUAAAGGGACUCAGAGCAGAAAUUGGUUGCCCGUAUGCAUUUGGCAAAGAAAAGGGGUAUAUCAGUGUUACGCUUUACUCACUUCAAGGCAGAAUACUGCCAGUUGCUGUACCACACUGGGGCAGAGACCAGGGCUGGUUGUCUGUCCCUUCAGGGUUACAUAUUCUGGCAAUACAGGAAGGGGCCAUGAGGAUGAAUUAAGGAAAGGAAGAAUGAUCUGGAGUGAUGGAAAAUAAUAUUAUCUCCCUCUUCUGAAACACAGGGCUGCCUAGUUCUUCUUUAAAAUACCCAGGAUCAUCUUCUGUUUCCAGUGUAGAAUAGGCAGACUAGUCAAGGCUCAGAUUUUAGCUUCAUAGUAUAAAUCAAUCACAGCAGGAAAAGCUGCUACUCUUUCCAUGGGCCUGUGAGAUAGAACUGUUAACGAUUCUUCCAUUGUUAACAUUUUUUAUUAAUGUAGGAGGAAUAAAAUGCCUAAAGUAUGAAUUUAGUCAAUCAUUUAGAUGCAUUCCACCAGCAGCUUGGCAGUGCUAUUUUAAUCAAACUACUCGAUCAGAAACCAAAUGCAUAUUGGGUGAUUUUGGAACAAAGGCCCUUAACUAGUUUGAUAUUGGAAACUUGCUUGAGGGUAGUAUAAGCAGCUGAGUUGCAGAGAAUAUGUAGUCUAAGUAAGUAGCAAGAAAUAGUCAAAUUUAUGCUGCCACUGUGUUUUGAAUGUAUCAGUAUAUUUCAAUUUAAGUAUUGCAUCCGGAGUCCAGGAUCAAGCACCACAUCCUCAGAACAUUGUUUCUACAAAUUUAUUGAGGAAUGAAGGAGAAGAACAGUCAUGUGAAAUGACCCCUUUUAUAAGUAAUGUGGUGUAAAAUGCAUUAGCAGCUUGUAUGUGCAUGCAGUAGUUCAUCGGCUACACUGCAGUCUCGGGUAGAGCAGUAUAUUAGGUCAAAAUUCAAAGAUUGUCCUGUUUGGUACAUCUGUGUCACCAUGACCAAGCCCCAGGCAGAGCAGUAUGGAGGAUGCAGUGUUUGACUUUGAUUAUUACUGGCUUGUAUUGAAAACACUAACCAAAAUUGAGUUCCCACGUCCAAUUAGUGGCAAAUUUCUCCUUGCAUUCCUGAGAGCAGAUUUGUUGUGUUGCUCUCACAACUGUGCAACAUGUACACACAGGCAGUACCACUUUUCUCCACCCACCGCCCCAGGAGGAAUGUACAUGAACACAAAAAAAAAAAAGAUUGUAACAGAAAUCACAGAUACUUUUUUGUUUGCUAAAUCUGUUAUGUUUCUAAGCAGAACAGUAGAAAAUCACAUAGUGCACGUUUUCCUGCAGAAUCUUUCUGACACUUGCACAAAGGAAUUUAUUUAUAUUUUGUUUUAGUUUGUUAGCUAAAACAAGAAAGUGACCAAGAAGUAGCAAUAUGCAUCACCAGCGUUAUGUAGCAUGAACAUUAUUUAAUAGAGGUUAAUAUGCUUGCCCAUAACAGUUUAGGACAGAUUCAGGAGUGGCUCAUUGCUAGAAACAGGGAGAUUAAUGUAAAAAUCAAGCAAAGUAAGCUUGAAAGAGCAUCACUUUUUUAAUGUAUUGUUUUUGAUGAGAAAAGUGGGAAAGAGGGCAUAGGACAACAAACUGUCAAUACAAAUGUACAGAUUCCAGAUUGGUGAGAUCAGCUAUAUUGAAAAGUAGUAAAUGGUAAAGAUAGUCAAUAACCAUCCUGUAGGCCAUGAUUUGCAAAUUGGCAGCUCAGAAAUUAUUCAAAAGCGGGCAAAAAAAAUAAAAACUGGGCAGUAUGCUGUAGCCUGUGGGCAGUGCCUGCAGCAGCAGAUACAGUGGCACUGGAAGUGGAUGGGAUCACCCAGCUGCAUGGCUGUUGCUGGAGGCACGGGUGCUACACAGGGUGAUGCUCGCAGGGUGACAGACAUGAGCAAUGUACCAAAUAAUACACACUGUGAUGGAAAAAAAAAAAAAAUAAGAAAUAAACAAGCAGCUGAAAUGGUCUGGUUUUCCCACUGCUGCGCACUGAUCAUGUAACACCACGGAGCUCCAUGCAGAUCUUAGAUGCUCAUAAAGGCAAACAUGCUUAGGCAGCAUUUCAUGGGACCUUGCUGCUGCAGUGUUGCAUGGAGUUUAGGCUGCUGAGUGGGACAUAAAAGUUGUGUUUUUACAGAUAUUACGAAAAAUAUAUACACUGCAUCUUGAGAGCUUACACAAAUCAAAGUCCAAAAAUAACUUGAAAGUUCUGCUGUUGUCUCUCAGGAGGUGUGGGUAGAAAAUGCUGAUUUUUAAAACACAAUGAAAUAGCAAUAUGUAGCAAGCCACAGCUACUUCUAAAAGCUAACAUGGUCUUAGCAGUUGAGAAAAUAAAAAUUUCCCUUCUCACUGUAUUUCUCAUGGAAGGGAAAAUAAAACCACUCACAAGUUAGUGCUUAGCAUCUCUUAAUCAUGAAGCAGCAGUUAAUAUGGAACUUCUUUUGCAAUAAUAAUUUAAGACUUUUAAUAACUGCUAGGUAUAUGAAAAUGUAAUAAAGUCAAGAGUCUUAAUCUUUGAUGUUUUCCAGUGAUCUUUGUACAGUGUCAGUGCACUUGACUUCAUCUGGGCCUUGGGUUGUUUUCUUCUGCUGCAAAGGGAGUUGGCUUGGGAAAUUUCCUUCAUGUUACAAUUGGUCUUGUCAGGUAAAUUCAUCCAAGAGGCUGGGGGCUUGCUUUUGUUUCCAGCUGGCAGGCAAAAAUGCACUGAGUUUUCCAGAGAGAGCAGUUGGAAAGAGAUGGUGGUUUCUGGAAUACCUCAGGGUGAUGCCCUGUCCCACCAGUUUCAUUGUCAAGAUAGCCAUGUGAAGCUGUGACAUUAGAAAAUACAGUCCCAUGGUUUAUUUGAAAGAAAGCAGUUUGUGUAGGGAGGUAAGGGGUACAGUCAACCAGUCCAUACCUGAGAUAGCUGCCGAAUUUACUCGGGGACACCACUGAGGCUAUUUACUGUUCCUGCAGGUACAGGUGGGAAUAGAAACGUGGGUCCUGUCCCUGCUACCAGCUUGAAGCGAAGCCCUGUUGCAGAGAUUGCUUGUAUGAAAACCAACGUAUGUGGUAUUCAUACCAUGGCAUAAAUCUCUUCCCUGGGAGACGCAGUUAGGGCUACAACAAUGUCACAAGGCCCCAAACAGCUUAAAGAGGUCCCAUCACAAGGUGCUUGGGGUGUCCUCCGUAUGUCUGGGGGUGCUCCAGGGUGCCAAGGACAAACUCUGCAUUUCCAGACAAGUGCUCAUUUUUCAGAUUCAGAGUUCAACAUCUUCUGUUGAGGCAGCUGAACUUCUGUUGAAGUACAACUGCUUCCUCUCCAAAUGGGCAGUUAUGAUACUCUAGCUUUUGUUUCUCUGUGAGAAAACAUCUGAAUCAGGACAAAGUAUGAAAAUGUACCUGUGUCCUCUUACCUGAUGGAAACCAUAUACUCAUGAAAUGUCAAACCCUGUGUAUGACACUUAGCGAGAAUGCUUUGUAACAUUUUAUCACCACUGGUUCAAUUUUUUAUAUUGGGAUCUCGUUUUCUACCUUUCUUUUUGUAAUUGUUAUCUCUUUGUUCUCACAUACAACUUUUAAGGAGCCUUUUUAAAAUAAGUUUUAAAAAAUAGAAAAAAAUGUUUAUACAAAAGAAAAACAUGGCACCUUCAAGUAGCUUUUCAAGUGGGCUGCAUUAGGACCAAAGAUGUAAUGUCUUGUUUUCUUGCUUUAAAGGAGUAGGAUAUUGAUCACAGCAUCCACAGCCUCUCAUUACAGGGAAAAGCUACAGAUCUCCACUCUUCAUUAAAGAUGGGCUAGACCUCCACUGAGCCAGGAGGGCUUGACAGGAUGGUGAGGCCUGUCCAUAGAAAACCAAACCAAAUAUCAGGACCAGGUAUUACCAGACCUACAACCUCUACUCCAUUUCAACUCAUUUUCUACGCAGCACAAUAGCUAAACAGUGACACACUGAAGAAAAAAAACGCAUGAUGUUUUGUCUCAGCAUCAGGAAAAAAUACAAUUAUGUGAAGAUGAGAUGUGAUGAGAUAACUGCUUUCUAUGCAAACAAGUGUGUAGGCAGGCAGUGAGACUUUAAAAUGAUAACAGUUUUGGUUAUGUAUUACUUUAAUUAUGUGGGGGAGCUGAAAACACAGUGCUUCCAUGGUAGGCUUUGCUUUCUGCCACGCAUCCUGCCUCCAUUCAAUAUUGUGUGCUUUGUCAGAUCACUCAUGUUACCGUGGCCGUGUGGACUGAGAAUUGCAGGUUGGUCAGAGGUACUGCAUGCAGCUCCUCCUUCUUAUACACAGGAGAGAGGAGUACAGCGAUAGUAGACUGUACCACCAUCAGAGAUCAAGCAAACCCUCAGCAACAUCCAAACAAAGGGUUUCCUGAGGAAAAAUUGAUAACUAGAGACCUAGCUGGCAAAAGACAAGCCACUUCUUACACCACUGAAGUUAGCUGGCAAAAUGCCUUUGGCCAGGAUUCAAAGCUGGUGCUCCACCAGCUUUGCACUUUUACGUGGUGAAGACAGGCUGUCCAUAUGCGUGAUAGCACAGGCUUUGUGGUCUCUCUGUACCUCUCACCUUGAAGCAACAGGUCUUUCUGAUUAGUAUGAUGAAAACUAGAAAUCAAACCCGCAGCUAACAACUGAACUGGUUGGAGGUUGUUUUUUCCUAUGCAGCUGAUACAGUACGUUUCCAAUCAUGUUGGAAUUCAUCCAGACCCUUCUCCUUACCUCUCACAAGCUAGCUGAAGAGUGCACAUUUCAAACCGCCAUCCAUUUUAUCCUCAUAUUUUAUGAAAGGGAAUAAGUGAAGUAGUCUACAAUGGUAGGAGGCUUGGCUCACAUACCUAGGUUGUUUGUUUAAUCUUCCAUUCCUAAUAUCAUUCCCCCUGAAAUUAAUGGGAUGUUUAACUUGAUUAGACUGAAAGUAUAAAACAAGGAUAACGUCGAGUGAUUUUUUUUAAAUCCCUCGCAAUAAUCAGAGAUCCUAUGGAUCCAUGGCCCAUUUCAGGCUGCUUUUUAUUGAUACAAUCAACCGAGUAUAAGUUAUACUGUCUUGGUUUUAAUAAACUGUAAAGCAAUAUAUCCACAGAUACAGACGGUACCCUCACAGCAUUGUAAAGUUACUCAACUAUGAAAGCACUAUUUGUACAAUAACAAACUCUUGACUUUUAUAUGGUUUUAAUGGUUUAUACUGUUGAUCAAAGAUUGUUUGUAUAUUGAGUGAUAAAAAUGAGGUGUAUAUUAUUCUUUUUAAUUGUUUUUAAUUUUGGGGAGAACUUUUAUUGUAAUAUACUGUUGUAUUUGGGGGGAAGAAAAAUCAGUGGCUGGCUUGUAGGGUGUGUAGCCAGAGAAGAACUUACAUUAAGGGUUCUUUAUUGAUGGACUUAGUUUGUUUUUUUUUCUGAUAAAAGUUGUAAGUUUGGGGAUUUAUCCAGAGCUUAGUGAAGCUAAUAACAGGACCCUUUCCUCUCUCCAAGACUCUUUGGCUCUCUGCCUGCACAGUUCUGGAGUUUCAUAAUGUGAGCAAUAAUAGAGCUAACACGACUAUUGGAAGUGCAAUAUGAAAGCCCCUGUGCUGCUUAUUAGGGCACUAAUAAAAGCUGCUCUUUUGAACUGCAUAGCAGGUUCUCACUUCAGUUUUAUGACAAAAGCAAUCCCUCAGAAGCUCAUCUGUGUGUCAUUUGGCAGAUGAAGCCAUACUGCCGGCCAUUUACGAAUUGCAUAGCUAUGAGAUGUGCAACAGCAAGGCAAGACUCCCUCAUCAGGAGUGGCAAAAUAAAGUCUCAACCAGAGCCACACCGGUGGUGUAAAUCGCUGUACUACACUAGGCAGGAAGAAAUUCUGUUAGCAAAGCCAGUCAAAUGAAGCCCCAGGGUCCCCUGAGUUUUGGUGUUUAAUUACACGACUGAUGGAACACGUAGCAGACAAAGAUUAAAGAAAUUACAGGGUCUUCAUUGUAACAGAGCAAAAUGCACUGGGUUGGCAAGACAGUGAAGAAGAGAGGAGCUGGAGCUGACAUUAUGCAUUCAGCCUGGAUAAGUCCCCAGUAUCACAAUUAGUAAAUUAAAUAAUUUUUAUCUUUCUAGAUUAACUUUGUACACAGAAAAAAAAAAAAAAGCCACUACUGCACCUUUCUCAUUUUCAUCUUUCCAUCCAGUCCCUUCCAAUACAUAGGCUGCAUGUUUUCCCAGCUCAACUUGCUUUAUGCAGAAAUGGCAUAGUCUUAAUCUUCAUAUUACUAGUUCUCAGAAAUGUCUGAUGCGUAUUAAUGCAUGGUAUUUUUAUUUUAAUAAAAGUAAUUAAAUAAG